UACAGCCAGCUGAAGCAUCCUUUGAACAAACAGCCUCACCAGAGACACAAAACCACACCUUAAUACUGACCAACAAGUUCGACUGAAGGCAAUACAUCCGAGACAGAUCUUCCCACAGCAGAGAUGAUGUCAGUGUGUACCGUCCUGGAUAAGUGUAACGGUGUGGUGGUGGGAGCUGAGCUGACCUGCAGCGUAAAGGAAGAAAACAAGGCUCACAGGGAGAGCUACAGCGCUGACUGGCAUAGUGUCAGUCUCAAGACUCAACCUCAGGACAGGCAGACAAUGAACAUGAAUGACGACUCUCGUAGGGAGACACUGUCCCGACAGUGGCAGGCCCGUUCGCUGAAACAGACCUGCCCCUCUGGGGUCUUCAGAGUGGGCACAGUGGAAAGAGGGGUGAGGGAGCACCAGCUGCUGCCAAAGAGAAAAACCCUCCCCUUGCCUAUCUUCACCCCCGCAGAGCUGGGCAUCAGGCUCGGACGUGGAGCCCCACACACCGAGGAAGACCUGCUGCCCUUCGCCACCCCAGACGGAGCCUGUCCCAACAAGAAGACCGUGGACGAGAUCACAAGAGACCUCCCCCCAGUCAAGCCAACACUCAUGGAGUUCGUCAAAGCGCCUAGAGUCCUUGGGCGCUCCAUGUCUCAAGAGGCCCAGAGAGGGUGAAAAACAAAAAGAGAAAGAGGGGAUGUUAGGGAGAGACAAGUUGGGUGACAGUUGGGAAAGAUUAGUCAUGGAGCUAUGUGUGUCAGGAAAG